AUGUAUUACUGCACGUAUUUGGUUAUUGCAGCCACCUUAGUAUAUGCAAAUGAAGACUUUGACUCUGUGCGUUAUUUGAAACGUUACGGAUAUUUAGAGAAUGACAACACUACUUCGUUGGUAGACGGGGAAAUCUUAAAUGUGGCGAUAGAGACAUUUCAAGCUAAAUAUAAUCUCACAGUUGACGGGUCCAUGAACCCUGAAACAGAAGCAUUCAUGAAGAGACCGCGAUGCGGGAACAAAGACAAUCCUUUGCCGUAUAGAAUACUGAGCAACACCACAAAAUGGUUCAAUAAUAUAGUGACAUGGAACUGGUUGGGCAAACCACAAUACAUACCGUUGGUUAACGCUGCUUUUGGCGUUUGGACGAGACACACUAAUCUCACGUUUUAUCGCUCGUUCUACGAUCCCAACAUUCCUAUAUCGUUGGAUUCUCUCCACGUCAUGUACGCUACUAGAUCGCCAUGUCCGUAUAAGUUCGACGGUCGUGGAUCGGUGUUGGCACACGCCUUUUUCCCAGACAUCUUGAAAAACCAGACUGAUAUUCAUUUCGACGUCGAUGAAGAUUGGGACAUGACUAUGAAUCUCCCGGCACCUGGAAAAACAUCGUUCUUCUCUGUUUUGGUUCACGAGAUCGGUCACGCGUUGGGAUUGAGCCAUUCAUCACAACGAGGCGCCGUGAUGAAUCCUUACUACGAAAUUCCACCGACCACCAAAAAACAUGUUCGAACUCGAUCUCGCUAA